AUGCAACCUAUAGAACGUGCUGAGGAGCUACUGGCCCAUGAGCGAGAGAAAAUUGGUUUGUUCCGGAUGCCGUUUCGCACACUUCAACUUUCAUGUGCCUAUUGCGUGAAGACUGUCACCAGCUACGUUGUCAAGUGUAUCAAGUCAUCCGCCUUUAUGUUUGUGCUACCGGUUAUCCUUCUGGUGGUUGGAGUUUCGACUUUUUUGAUCGAUUCCCCCGCUGGUCGUGCAUUCAGGUUCCUAGACGCUGAUGGCGAUGGCUAUGUGUCAGUUGCAGAGGUGGAGGGUUAUUUUAGAGACAAAUUGAACAGGAAACUGGGUGCUGGACGAGGGGCAAAUUCUAUUUUCCCUUCCGGAACUGCCCGUUUAGACAAGUCGAAGUUCACGUCAUGGUGGGUGGAAGGCUACGGUGAUGCUGUUAGACAGAACGCUUUCUUCAACCAAGGACCCUGGAGGGAGGCUGAGUACAUGCUCGCUGAUGCGCUGUGGUGGCUCGGCCUGGGAAUCCUUUCUUCAAUUGGUUUGGGCACAGGGAUGCACUCUGGGUUGUUGUUCUUGUUUCCCUAUAUUUACCAGCUUUGCGCUGCAGUAGACUCAUGCGGUAACACUAACUUUUGGACGUACCCGGUGAACCCCAUUUACGGGCCGCGGGAUCGUGUGUUUGCCUGCCUUAACCCUCAAAAGAAGGAUGUCCCGACGUCGGUACUUACACGUGUGCUGAUGCUGCUCCCUGCAUGCUUCAUUUGGGGGGUGGGCACAGCAAUCGGCGAGAUUCCGCCGUACCUGUUGAGUUACACGGCGGCCCGGCAGGGAAAGCGCAACUCGGAGUUGGAUGAGGCUUCAAGGUACGACAUCCUUAAUAAAAUGAAGGCAUGGAUGCUGGAGAAAAUACAACGUUAUGGCUUCGUAGCAGUUCUCCUACUCGCCGCUUGGCCUAACAUGGCUUUUGAUCUCUGUGGUAUGGCCUGCGGACAGUUUCUGAUGCCCUUCUGGACCUUCUUUGGUGCAACACUCAUUGGUAAGGCAUUUUGCAAGAUUACACUGCAGGCUGUUUUCUUUGUUCAUCUAUUCUCCGGUGACAACGUGGAGCGCUUGAUCCAUCGUGUAGGUGACGUCAUAGCAGCUGUUGUUGUUAUCCCCUCCUCAGUUUAUUCGGGUGGGACUCAGGGCCUUGUCAAAAAGGCCGUAGAGGCUGUUGUGCGCGCCCGCCAAAGUAUCGCCCUAAGGGCACGCGGUGAAGCAACUGUCGGCGAGGGAAUGCAGUCUGCAUCCCUCUUAGCGACUAUCUUCGGUUGGGUAGUCGUUGCAGCAAUCGCUUUUUUCGCUAAAUCCGUCGUGGAAACGUUUGCUCAGAACGAGCAACAACAAUACGACAAGAUUGUACUAGAAUAUAUUGGGAAGGCAUUGGCACGAGGUCGGUCGAAAAAGAGCGUCACCGACGAAGAAUUGCUUCAACUAAUUGAGGAGUCGCAACGCUUAUGCGUGGAACCAGAGCACCUGAUGAGUUUUAACCAUGAGACGCUCGUAACCUAUGUUUGCGUGGUUGUCGCUGGUUUCGUGAUGGUUCACUAUUCCGCAGUUGCCGGUCUCUCGCUCCUAUUCCACAUGUUUGUGUGUAUGGUACAUAACAACGAGUCUCUCCACCCAGUGACACUGUGGUUGCUGCGACUGUUGUUUGCGUCAGCGGCCCUUUACACGUUGUGUGGCCUGGAAACGCUGUAG